AUGUCUUCUACAUUUUUUCUAGGCCAUACGCACAAACUUACACUUCCUUUCUCUAAUUUUACCUCCACAGAUAAACCAACUCUUAGAUCUCAAAACCCUUUUCUUAGUUUCCCCUCCAAUGGCAGUCAAAGCGGCCGUUUAUUCAUCAGAUUACCAAUCAUGAUGGCUAAAUCAAAUAGCAAAAGUGAAUAUAAAGGUGAUAAAAAACUCUUAAAGCCGUUAAAAAUGGUGGCGGGAGCAUCCCUUGCACUUGCUUGAAGUAUCUUUGGAUUUAAGAUAAAUAAUAUGAACUAUACUGCGGCAGCUGCUGCGCAUCCAAGCGCCGCGGACAUGAUCAUAUCCGAACCAACUGCAGCCUUAUCAGCGUCUUUCGGAAUGAAUCCUUUGCCGGCAAAGUACACAUUGCAGUCUCUCUUUGAAGUGAGCUCGAUGCUUGCUUCCGCUAAACCCAUUCCUUCUCAAAGACCAUUCAAUCUUCACAAACAUCCUUCUUUGCCUUCGAAGGAAGAUAUUGAUUCCAUCAAGGAGAUUAGCCAAAUAUAA